CAGCGUCACUCUGAAUGAAAGGGGAGCGCUCAGCUGAAGCGCAGUCAGAGGAGCGCGCCACCCGUCAGGAGCAUCACCGACAGCCGUCGGGACUCGUAAAGUUGUGGCUUUUUUAACUUUAGUCAAGCCCCCGCAAUGGCUGAGCAUCUUCUACAUUACAAUGACUCGGCCGGGGUUGGGAACAGAUUCGCCCGCAAAGGAGCUUUGCGACAGAAAAAUGUGCAUGAAGUGAAGAACCACAAGUUUACCGCGAGGUUUUUCAAGCAACCGACGUUCUGCAGCCACUGUACAGAUUUCAUAUGGGGAUUUGGGAAACAAGGAUUUCAAUGCCAAGUUUGCUGUUUCGUGGUCCACAAACGGUGCCAUGAGUUCGUCGGCUUCUCCUGUCCAGGGGCCGAUAAGGGUCCUGACACAGAUGACCCCAGAAGCAAGCACAAGUUCAAGAUCCACACAUAUGGCAGCCCCACGUUCUGUGACCACUGUGGAUCACUGCUGUACGGGCUCAUCCACCAGGGGAUGAAAUGUGACACCUGUGACAUGAACGUGCACAAACAGUGUGUGGUCAACGUGCCGAGCCUGUGCGGGACAGACCACACUGAGCGCCGCGGACGGAUUUUCCUCAAGAUCGACGUCAGCGGGGACAGGCUACACGUCACAGUGGGUGAAGCCAGGAACCUGAUUCCCAUGGAUCCAAAUGGUUUAUCAGACCCAUAUGUCAAACUCAAGCUCAUCCCAGACCCAAAGAACGAGACCAAACAGAAGACCAGGACCAUCCGUUCCUCUCUCAAUCCCUGCUGGAACGAGUCGUUCACCUUUAAGCUGAAAGCGUCAGAUAAGGAUCGACGUCUGUCUAUCGAGGUAUGGGACUGGGACAGAACCACCCGGAAUGACUUCAUGGGCUCCAUGUCGUUCGGCGUUUCUGAGCUCAUCAAGGCUUCCCACUGUGGAUGGUACAAGCUUCUGAACCAGGAGGAAGGAGAAUAUUACAAUGUUCCUAUUCCUGAGGUGGACGACGUCAAUCUGGAGCUUCGACAAAAGUUUGAGGCCUGCCAGUUAAAUAUCCACUAUCUCAAGAAAGCCAAGCUGGGUCACGGUAAAAAAGUGAUCACACCAACAGACCACCGGCGGUUCAGUCUGCCCUCAGGUAACAUUGACCGGGUCCGGCUCAGCGACUUCCACUUUCUGGCUCUGCUGGGGAAAGGCAGCUUCGGAAAGGUAAUGUUGGCAGAGAUGAAGUCAACAGAGGAGCUGUACGCCAUAAAGAUCCUGAAGAAGGACGUCGUGAUCCAGGACGACGACGUUGAAUGUACGAUGGUGGAGAAAAGGGUCUUGGCACUGAGAGACAAACCCCCCUUCCUUACGCUGCUCCACUCCUGCUUUCAGACUGUGGACCGGCUUUACUUUGUGAUGGAAUACAUUAACGGAGGAGAUCUCAUGUAUCACAUCCAGCGCAUGGGCAAGUUUAAGGAGCCUCAGGCAGUGUUUUAUGCAGCUGAGAUAGCAGUGGGUUUGUUUUUCUUGCAUCGGAAAGGAAUCAUUUACAGGGAUCUGAAGCUGGACAACGUGAUGCUGGACUGCGAGGGCCACAUCAAGAUCGCAGACUUUGGCAUGUGCAAAGAGAACAUGUAUGAAGGCAUGUCCACGCGCACCUUCUGCGGCACCCCGGACUACAUCGCACCUGAGAUAAUAGCUUAUCAGCCUUAUGGAAAGUCAGUGGACUGGUGGGCGUAUGGCGUUCUCCUGUAUGAGAUGUUGGCAGGCCAGCCUCCGUUUGAUGGUGAAGACGAAGACGAGCUCUUCCAGUCCAUCAUGGAGCACAAUGUGUCCUACCCGAAGUCCAUGUCGAAAGAGGCAGUGUCCAUCUGCAAAGGGCUGAUGACGAAGCAUCCGUCAAAGCGCCUCGGCUGCAGCAUGGAGGGAGAGCGGGACAUAAAAGAGCAAGCCUUCUUCAGACGCAUCGACUGGGAACGGCUGGCUAACAGAGAGAUCCAACCGCCUUUUAAACCCAAAGUGUGUGGGAAGGGAGCGGAAAACUUUGACAAGUUCUUCACGCGCACGCAGCCCGUGCUGACCCCGCCAGACCAGCUGGUCAUCGCCAACAUCGACCAGAGCGAGUUCGCUGGCUUUUCCUUCAUCAACCCUCAGUUCAUCCAUCCAUCUCUGCACAGCGUGGUAUGAGGAGGACACAUCCGAACGUCCCAUGGUCAACAGACUCCGAUUAUCCUCUAAUUUCUGCAUCUGAGAAUCAUGCAACGUAAGGGAAGGGAACAACUACAUGGCACUGAAAUUCCCAACUCUCACCCUGUGGUGCGUCAUUUAGUCUAAUUGUGUGUUUUCCAACUCCCAGCUGUAGUUUUCUGCAGGCCUACAGCCCUUUAUCUUGUGAAUGAAUGUGUCUCAGUAUCGGUCACUAUCUCUAUCGGUGUUAAAGGUACGAUCAAGUUUUCCUUCUCAUCCCUGCAAUGCACAAAAAGACUGGAACAAUAUUUUUUUUUUUUUCUGCCUGAACUUUAUCUACAUGUUUGUUACAUUUCUACGAUCAGAAAAGAAGUUAGUCCACUGUUACACGAGUGCCAAAGUAGAGAUGGAAAUACAUUUCUAUUGCAGUUCCUUUUCUUUCCACCUCUGGCCUUUCCUUAUGCUGUCAACUCACUAAAAUCUCUCACCAAGAGGCUGUUUGUGUCUGUUGUUUUGUAGAAGGUGUUACUGCAGUAUAUCCGACUCGGAUUUGGACAGGCAGAGGCAAACUGUGUUACUGUUGCAAGCCGUUCUGCUCUUCUCAGCGCACCAGAUGUUAGCCGCAGUGGACAAGUGUCGUUCAGAAAAAUCGGAGUUAGCAAGAUGCUAUUUUCAUAUGCACCAAGCAGAUCUCUGUCGCAUGCUUAUUUUUCUGACUCUGUAUGAGCUGUAGAGUCUAGGAUGCAGUACACGUCUUGUAUGACUGUAAAGUUUAGUAUUAGGAUAUAAAAUUCGACGAUAUACAUGUAUACUCGGAUUAAAGGUUUCUUACUGGGAAAAAAGGUUUUGGUUUUUGUGUACGACGUUUUCGUUCAAAGAGGUCCUACCCCAGUGUUUUGUUUGUUUUUGCUUGUUUUUUUUUUUUUUUGUGAAUAUGUUUCAAGAAGAGAAAUUACUUGCCGAUUUUAUACAACAAACUGAAUGUGAUUUUACUAUCAUAGACGGUUUUAACAUUUCUAUGUUUAGAUUAGUCCACAAUAGAGAUCUAUUUAAAGUUUGGCUGAUUUUUAUGUUGUUUUAUUUUAUUUUUGGUAGCUUUGGUAUCAGGCAAACCCUGUCUUACAUGUAUGUAUACCGAGUAUUUAUCCGUUGUUUUCUACUACUCAGUGUCAUAUAGAGAAUAUGCAGCACUACCUGUGGGUGGAGCGAUCGGAUGCCCCUCUUGCCUUGAUCCCGCCAGGGUCGACUCCCUCUGUAGACAAACUGAAAUCCAAACCGAGCCGUAACGGCGCAACGAUUCUGGAGCGCCCUGUGGCCGAAAUGUGUCAUGUCUUUAUAUAUAUACAUAAAUAUAUCGUGUGCAUGCGUGAGGCGAGGCCUGAUCCGAGCAUGAAAAAGGCCCCUGCAUGAUGUAGAGACCGGGGAGUCGUGCAGAAUGAGAAAAACCAACCAGCAAUGUGCAUUGUUUUUGGAUUUUUUUUUUCUAAACAUGUCUUUCCUCUUUCUCUGUCAUGUACCUAACCUGUUUGGCUAAAUAGCUGGAUUAUAGGUAGUGAAAGAUAUGUGAAUUUGCUUUACAUGGCUAUUUGUAUUCUCUGGUGCCAAACACAUUUUCAUGGGUCCAAUACUCUUAUUUUGUCUUUUUUGCUACUGAGAGAUAUUAACUUCCAAUAGAAAGUCUUUAACGACCGUUUUUAGAUUCUUACAAUACUCUAAAACCCUGAAUCCAAUCUAAA